CUUCUGGCGACAGGUGAGGCGAACCGGCCCGGACCCCCCGCGGCCGAUUCGGGGCGCGGCGGCGACGGUCCGGCGCGGGAUUUCGGCGCUCAAGGCAUCCACCUGCUCCUCCGACCGCCGGCCCUCCUUUCCCCCAGCCUGACCCCGCCGCUCCCGGCCCCCCUGUCGCCGUGGGAGCAGAGCGAGUCCCCGGAGGAGGCCUGGGCUUCGGGAGAUUACCUGGAGACGCUGUCCUUCGUGCUGCCCGACGGCGAGGACCUGGCCACGCCUCUUCCCAGCCACGCCUACGACGGCGGCGGCCGCUGGGCGCUUUCGUACGACGGCGCCUUAGAUGGGCGCCCCACCCCGCCGCUCCACUCGCGCGUCCCCUUUUCGCCCUCGUCAACCGCCGGCGGCGGGGGCCCGGACGUCUUCCCCGCCUGGGACGACGACUACGACCCCGAGGACUUGACGCCGCUGCGGCCGACGGAGCUUCUGCUGCCUGACAUGAACAGUUUGGAAUACUACACCAACCUCCUGGCGAAGGAGCGGGAGGCCGGCGUCCCCCGACCGGUCGUCCCCCCCGCGUCGCCGAGCCCCGCCGGCGCGUCGGAGGCGCCGACUGCCGGGGAAGCGAAAGAGGCGCCGGCGAGUCCGGGCCUUCCGCCGCCGAGACCCCCCCCCACCCGUCCGGCAAGACCGGCGGACGCCGCCCCGAGGACGGCCGUCGGCCUCACCCGAGCGCCUCCGGCGCCCACCCCCGGGGCGGGCCGGCCCCCCGCCGGCAGACACUACGCGUGCAACCUCACCAAGCCCGAGCUGUACCUGGUCCGAGUAGGUGCGGAUCGGGCCGCUCGUGGCGCCGGAGGCCAGGCGGCCGGAGGCUCGGCGGCCGGCUUGGGUCGGCUCCGGGAGCUUUUGAGGAGAGAGUUCAACCGCUCCGUGGAGCUUCAGUUGACGAGGACGGCGUCCGGGUUGGCCUUCCGCGCCGUCUCGGGCCCGUCCGUCUACACGGCCAUCUCCGUCCUCAACGCCCUCCGCCGAGCGCGGGGGCCGCUCCCCGCCGUGUCCGCCCUCCACGCCGCUCCGGACGUCAGGUACCGGGUGCACACGGUGCUGCUGUUCGUUCCCGCCCACGUGGACGUCCGAGUCUGCGACUUCAGCGAGCGCGUGGAGAGCGGCCUGCUCGCGGCGUACGGCCAAAGCCGCCGCCGCUCUUCGGAGGCGGGCGCCGUCGGCGUGCAGCUGCUGAACGUGACGCUGGGCGGGGCCAGGCCGGCGGCGGCGCAGAAGCUCCCCGUCGACAUCGUGUUUGCGGUGCGCGACGGGCGAGGAGGCUACCUGCCGGGAUUCGAGGUCAGCCGGCACCUGAGGAAGCUCAGCCUGGUGGAGUUCAGCUUCUACGUGGGCUUUCCCGCCCUGCAGAUCGCCGAACCGUUUCAUUACCCCGAGCUCAACACCUCCCAUCACCUGAGGUUCACUUGGGUCCGCACGGUCUUGCUGGGUGUUCCGAGUCAGAUGUUCUCGGAGCGAAGUCUGAAAGCGCGUCUGGAGCGCCGCCUGGCCUCGCUGCUGGAGGAAGGACUGGCGGCGUCCGGCGGCGGGCGCCGCAGGAGGGCCACCGCCGCCGCCGACGGCAGUCUGCAGGUGGUGCGGGUGGCCCGCUUGGCCGGGCCGGAGCGCCCCCUGGAGGUUUUAUAUUUUGCGGAGGGCCCGGGAGGCAAGCGGCUGCCGGCCGAGGUGACGGCGCAAACCCUGAACAGCCUGGACCUGCAGAGAGCCGCCAUCGUCCUGGGACAUCAAGUCCGCCGGCCGCUGGCCCAACCGGUGGAGGCGGCGUCGGUGCCGCCGGCCGAGACCCAAGGCGGCAGCGUUUGGCUCAUCGUGGGCGUGAUCGUGCCCGUCUUCCUGGCCCUCUUCAUCGUCGUCCUGCUCUACUGGAAGCUGUGCGGCUCGGAGAAGUUGGAGUUUCAGCCCGAUGCCGUCAACGCCGUCCAGCAGAGGCAGAAGGUACCAAAUCCACCCGGGCCGACCCCCCCGCCCCCGCCGACGCGCCUCCUCGUCUCUCAGCUUCAGGCUUCCAGCGUGAAAGGCUUCGACUUUGCCAAGCUUCACCUGGGCCAGCGCGGCAAAGACCACGUGGAGGUGAUCCAGGAAGCGGGGCCGGCGCCCGCUAAAGAAGCCCCGCCCUCUGACGGCGGGGACCUCAACACCCCCAAAUCCAAAGGCUCGUCCACCGGAGCCGCGCGGCGCCACGGCAGGCCCAGCCGAUCGGAGGCCGACUCGUUGGGCAGCGACCGAUCGAGCGGCAGAGAGUCGGCGGAGGAGAGCGCUCCACCUGCGGCCGCCCCCGUGGAGGCCAAGCGGCAAAGGAAGCUGCCCAAAAAUGCUCCGUCGGGCGCAGAUGAGCUCAUGACACCGUCUUCCAUCUUUGACCACGUCGACCGUCUGUCCCGCGGCUCGUCGGACGGCGCGCGGCGGCCGGCCGGCAAAGUUCAGCUCGUCGCCAUGCAGCCGCGGCCCGGCCCGUCCCUCUCGCGGGAAGUCGGCGCCGAGGUGGAGCUGCGCCACAAGUCGGAGAUGGAACUGCGUGGGAAUAAAGUGCGGCAGCGCGCCAAGAGGCGGGGCCAGUGCGAGUUCCCAUCCAUGGACGAUAUCAUGGACGCCUUCGGCGACGGGCCGGUCCAGACCGAAGCGGCUCGCCGUCUCUACGGCUCGGGCCGCGACCGCCGCGCCCACUACGUCCCGCCGGCCGACGCCUCGUCCCCGCCGACGCCCGCCGACCAGCGGCGCAGAGGGAGGAGCUCCCCCGGGGGGCGAGGGACCGCGGCCGGACCCGGAAGUCUUCCCGACACGGACCAGGACCGCCUGCUGGUGGACCACGGCGCCACCUACAGGAAGUACCCGGGACUCCAAAACGUGGCCUACACGUCGGACCCGGACCUGGCGGCGGAGCCCCGCAGCCCGUCCCCCGCCGACGAGGUGUUUGACGGCGAGGCGGCCGCGGCCCCGCCCCCGUACGUGCCGCCGCAGCCCUCCAUCGAGGAGGCCCGGCGGCAGAUGCGCUGCCUCCUGGACGACGCCUUCGCUCUGGUGUCCCCGUCCUCGCGAGGCCUGAGCCCGGCUCUCCCGGGGAGGCGGUGGGGGUCCUACCCGGCGGGGCCCUUCUCGGCCGUGAGCCCGCCGCCCCGCCGCUCGCCCUCUCCACCCUGCGCCUCUCUCGCGUUCCUCUUGUCGCCGCAGAGAUACGCCGAGCUGGCGCUUGCUCCGGGCCAUGCGCAGAGACAGAGCUCGGGAGGCGGCGUUUCCAGCGGCAAGGAGCUGCAGGAUCCUUUGUACUCCAGCGGGGGGCAGUAUAAACACUUGCCUUCCUCCUCCAGGCCCAGACCUGUCGGGGGCAGCACAGCGGGCGUGCAGCUCCAGCACCUGACCCAGGUGGGCCUGUCCAGCCACAUGGGGGCCUUCCCCGGCGUGGGGCGCAGCGCCUCGGGACCCGGCGGCUCCUCCUGGAGCGAGCGACGUUCGGAUCAGGACGCGUCCUCGCCCGCGGCCGGCGGGGAGAGCGCGCCGUCCUUCCCCGAGUUCUCGUCCUCGCCGCUCUUCCAAUUGCCCAGCUCUUUGCCGCGGGACCCGUCGGCGCCGCCUCUCCUCCUGGCCUCCCCGACUCCCGACUACCCGCCGGCGGACGCCUCGCCCUCCGCCCGCAGCUCGGCCUCGCUGAUCAAGGCCAUCCGAGAGGAACUUUGCCUGCUGGCCCAGAAACAGGCGCUGAGCGGCUACCCCUAGCGCGCUUCGCUUCCCCGCUCGACCGGCCCGUCGAUCGGGACUCGGCGUGGUCCGCGGCCGCUAGGACCGCCCCCGCAAACGGUUCCCCGAGUCAAUCGCUCAUCUUUUCAAAGGAGGACAAAAAGUCGGACGUGGAUUUCGUCAUCCCGUAGAUCUUGAGAGUCUUCCUGCAAAUUGGUCCCCCCCCCCCCGGUCCCCCCCUUCCGGCUGGCGGCGCUCAAAGUGUCAAUCUGUCAUCGCAGCUGAGCCUUCCGCGCUCCCGUCGGCCGGGGUAGAUGGACUUGUCUGUGUGAAAAGCGUCAGCGAGGCCUUGGGACUGGAGGUGCCUUCCAGUCCGCAACACUCUUCAAAUCAUCCCAUGAGCACAAUGUUCAAGGAGGGCUUGCUGCUGAUGAGCAGAGCUCGGAACUCCAGAUGACACGUGUGUGUGUGUGUGUGUGUGUAGGUAGGUAGGUAGACAUUUUUUUUCUUCUGUAUAUCAGAGAUGGGAUCAAGUCUCGCUUGACUCGAGGAGCGGACACGGUGCUGAAGAAACUCGUCCGCUCUUUGAACAUCUUUGUGUAUGUAGAGGUCGGUGCUAAUCGCUGCCUUCAUCUCAUGGCAGCUUGGGUCAGUGGAGGAAAGCGCUCCGGAUCCCAAACCGCCCCCGUCCCCAAAGGUACAACAACAGCCGAAAUGUCGAGUCGGGCGGAUAUGAAGCGGCGGGAAUCGCGACGGGUUCCCCUCCGCCGAUUGGCCGCCGCUCGCUUUGAUGUCGUGAUGGCUCCGCUCGCUACUAGAUGUCCGUCCGUCUCCUCGAUGUUUCUUGUUAGGAGGCUUUCGCUCCGUUCGCAUGCCGCUAAUUUAUUUCCGAUAGAGCGCCGCAGAAAGUAAUGUCAAGCGUUGAUUUGCUUGCGGGGUGUACUUUUCACCGGCAAAGACCAAAAACUUUGCAUCCAUUUGAUGUGGGAGGAAACAAAGAUGGAUCUAUUGUCUGUCUGUCUGUCUGUAUCCAGUCUAUCCAUCGGAAGCAUUUGCGUCCCGCCCGCCCGCGAGACCCUCCGAUUGGGCCGCUCAGCUUUCGGUCAAGCUGUCACAUGGUGCUACUAUCGAUUAAAGUUGUUGAAUGAGCAAAA